AAGGAUUGGUAAUUUCUUAUUUUGGAAAUUGAUGACGUCACAUGAAAACCGGCAAUUGCUUAAUCAUAUCAUAAACGACUUUACCCCUCACCGCAAUCGUCAGCAAGUUUUUUUACUCAGUACUCGAGAUACAACUUCCCAACACCCACGUCGAGAGAAAAGAAAACUGAUUAUUUGAGGUUCACUUUGAAACCAUAGGGAAAUGUAACGUUUCCUAACACCCCUAGUUACCAGGGAGACAAGACAUUACACGAUAUACCAUUCUCUGAUAUGACGUCAUUUGCCUAUACAUACGCUCCCCCGGCUCAAGCUGUCCUUGCAUAUUUAGUUUCAAUGAGUACACACUCGAAUUUUUCUGUCAACUAAACUCAUACUCCCCAGCGUAUCAGGUGCGUCCUCUGUUCUUAGGCUUCUUUGAAUUCAGAAUCAGCUGUUUACUGUUGCAUUUAGCAUGAAGCGUCGCGUGGUGUUUGCUGCAUUUUGUGUCCUUGUCUCGCUGUCGGUGGUGUUUUUCAUUAAGCUGGAUCCAGUUCUGCGUUCAGUUCAUGUACAGAAUAGCAACAAGAUGGAGCAACUUUUCAGUUUCCAUAAAGAAGAUCGACUGGAACGAACAAAAACCACGAAAGCAGAGAAAGCAGCAAAGACAUCUGGCAUCGUACAAGGCUUAAUUAUGUUAAAUUACAGUGGAAUAAAGAGAACAACCUCUACAAAGGAAAUUAGCCAAACGGUGGAGGAUAUUAAGUCACGGAAGUUCGCCGCAAGGAAAAAUCUUAUUAUAUUGAGUCCUGGAAGGGGAGGGUCGUCUUUCCUUGGAGCGAUGUUUAACAGCAAUCCGCAAAUCAUGUUCUGGUUUGAGCCACUGCGUAUAGUAACCGAAAAACUAUAUAAAGCUGGUGUAAUCAUGCAAGGAAAUGAACUAAUCAACUUCAGAGAAACGUGCGUCAACUUAAUCGACAGCUUCUUCAAAUGUGAUUUCAGUAAUAUCUCAAAUACAACUUUAUCUGAAUAUUCAGAGCACAUAUUCCGCCGUCGGAGUAAAGCGCUCACUAGUGGGUGUUUAUGCCCCAGUAAGACGUUAGGAUGUCUGCCGUUCUCAGAUUUACUGCUGAAGAAGGCCUGUAACUCUUACAAACAUACGGUUAUCAAGGUGUUAACCUCUCGUGUGCCUAACAAAACUAUACAAAGUUUCCGGGAGCUUUUCCAACAACAGAACGGAUAUGACGUGAAAUUGAUUCUCUUGGUGCGAGAUCCUAGAGCAGUGAUUUACUCUAGAAUUAAAUCCGUGAAAUGGAUAAAAGGAAGUUACCGAGAUUCCAAUUUUCGUGUAUACGUUCAUAGGCUUUGUGAUCCCAUAGAACAUAAUAUACGAUUAGGUUUGCUGUAUCCCCCUCCCUGGCUUAAAGAUCGCUUUAAAGUAGUUCGUUACGAAGACCUCGCGGUCAAUACCGUAAGCCUAGCGCGGGAACUCUACAGAUUCGCAGGAUUUGAUUGGUCUAAGAGCGUUGAUAAAUGGAUAUCUGCUCAUGACAGACCGCCAAGCAAUUCCACAGCUGAAAUAACUGGUUACUCUCUUUAUAGAAAUGCCUCAGAUGUUAUUGAUAAGUGGAAAAAUGCGCCGGGGGACUUAAUACGAGUUGUAGAAGACGUUUGCAGCGAUUUAAUGAACAUGCUUGGUUACGACAGAUGGAUAAACAGAGGGAGGUAGACACAUUUACAUUUCACUUGACAACUCGCGUUAUGUUGAUGGCUUACACAACAACAUUUUCCACAGAUCAGUCUCCAAAGUGGCAUACCGUAUUUUCUCAAUUAAACGCCGGACCCCGAUUAAACGCCGGCCUCGUAUAUACGCGGGGUCCACGAGGCCAAUUUUGAAAUAAACGCCGGGGGCGUUUAAUCGAGGCCCCGGCGUAUAUUUGCGUCCGAACCAACAAUUUGAUUUUUCCCUUAUUAAAUGGCACUACUGCGACAUACUAGUACGCUAUGGUGUUUUGAUAAUUUUAAUAAACGUUCAAAAGGAAAAGUCCGGCUUAACAUAACAAGAAUAGUAGCUGUACAACAAAAUACAACAAAAUGUACGUGUUCGUGUUGUCAUUAAGUCUUAUUACUGAUGACGCACUUUCUUUCGUGUGUUAUUGUGCUCACUGUCACUAAAAUCGCGAG